AUGACCCAAUUUAGGAAACUAACAAAAUUUUUUGCUUCUAGGAUGUCUUCCGAUGAGGAAAAGGGUAGUAAACCAUAUGGACAAUGGUGUCUACAAGAUAUGAAAAAAGCUGUAAAUGCUUAUAAAGCAAAAAAAUAUGGACUCAAUGAAACAUGCCGAGUAUUUAACAUUUCAAAAGCGACAUUUAAAAGGCAUCUUGAAUCCAAAAAUAAAUUUGCUAAUAAAGAUAUCAAAAGCUUUGGACGAAAAACCGUGUUUUCCAAAGAACUUGAGGACGCACUGGCUAGCGAUGCAAAACAGUUUUAUAGUUUCCUAGGAAGAGUACAAACAUCUGAUGUUAUAGAUGACUUGGAAGGUUAUGGAGAGAGACACUAUAGAUUUUGUAAUUAA